AUGUCCUCCUGUUUUGCUUUAUCGGACUAUAAGAAAACCCGGAGCUUGAUGAACGUCUACGAAAAUCUCUUGUCGUAUGGGAAACGCUCUCCUCUCUUGGGGUUUGUUUGUAUUUGUGGCUUUCGACAACAAAACACCCGGACGGUUGUGGCUGCCACCCGGGACGUCACCGGGGCCCUCUUCGGCCUAUCAAGCAAUCUAGAACCCUCUGACGAAUUUGACAUACUAAACAAGGCCGACAUAAUGGCUUAA